UUCCAGUACGGACACACCCCGUUCAAAGAAUUGCGUCAGCUAUAUAUUGUAUGGACCACGGCCGCCUGGCCCCGGUACUUCUCCGGCAGCCCAAACCCGAACAUCCUGGAAGAGACUUUACACAUCCCUGAAGCUGUGAGCUAAAACGACGCGGGAGAGAGAAAAACACACACAACUCAAGCUGCCGGGCUUUUAUAGACUAAGGACUCGAAGCAUUUCUCUCUAUUAAAAGAAAGAACACUCGACUGAAGUUUAAAGUCAUUUCAACGGAGCAGAAAUUCCUCUACGAUGACCGACUUCUGAGCGACACUCACCGGGAGACCUCCGAGGAAGUUCUACCAUCACCCUCAACAAUCACAAAAUAAGAAGGCGAAGAAGAAGAAGAAGAGUUUGUCGCUCACAUCGCAGCCAUGGACUCCGGCAAGCAAGUAACGUUCACGUUGAUGCUGAGUGUCGGAUCAGCUGUUAUCGGCUCCCUGCAGUUCGGCUACAACACCGGAGUCAUCAAUGCCCCUCAAAAGGUUAUUGAGAAGUACAUCAAUGAGACGUGGUAUGAGCGAUACCAGGAGCCCAUCUCCAAAGGCACCCUCACGGCCAUCUGGUCCGUCGCCGUCGCCAUCUUCUCUGUCGGCGGCAUCUUUGGCUCCUUCUCCGUCGGGCUCUUUGUCAACCGCUUUGGAAGGAGGAACUCUAUGCUCAUGGCCAACGUCUUGGCCUUCAUCGCAGCCACUCUGAUGGGCUUUUCGAAGAUGGCGAGCUCCUGGGAAAUGCUGAUCGCUGGUCGCUUUGUGGUCGGCUUCUACUCUGGCCUCUCCACAGGCUUCGUGCCCAUGUAUGUGGGUGAGGUCUCCCCAACAGCCCUACGUGGAGCCCUGGGCACCUUCCACCAGCUGGGCAUCGUCGUCGGCAUCCUCAUUGCACAGGUGUUUGGAAUGGAGGCACUCAUGGGCAAUGACAACUUGUGGCCGCUCCUCUUGGGCUUCACCUUCAUCCCCGCUGUGAUACAGUGCAUCCUGCUGCCUCUCUGCCCCAAGAGCCCCCGAUUCCUGCUCAUCAACAGGAACGAAGAGAACAAGGCCAAGUCUGUGUUGAAGAAGCUCAGAGGCACCACAGACGUGAGCUCCGACAUGCAGGAGAUGAAGGAGGAGAGCCGGCAGAUGAUGAGGGAGAAGAACGUGACCAUCCUGGAGCUUUUCCGCUCGCCGCUCUACCGCCAGCCCCUCCUGAUUGCCGUCGUCCUGCAACUCUCCCAGCAGCUGUCUGGCAUCAACGCUAUAUUCUACUACUCCACUCGUAUCUUUGAGAAAGCCGGAGUCGAGCAGCCCGUCUAUGCCACCAUUGGAGCCGGUGUAGUUAACACAGCUUUCACUGUGGUGUCGCUGUUUGUUGUGGAGCGUGCAGGACGCAGGUCUCUGCACCUGGUGGGGCUGAUGGGAAUGGCCGGCUCUGCCGUCUUGAUGACCAUUGCCUUGGCUCUGUUGGAUCAGCUCAAAUGGAUGUCCUAUUUGAGCAUCGUGGCCAUCUUCUCCUUCGUCGCGUUCUUUGAGAUCGGCCCGGGCCCCAUCCCCUGGUUCAUCGUGGCAGAGCUGUUCUCGCAGGGACCCCGGCCCUCAGCCUUUGCUGUGGCUGGUUUCUCCAACUGGACCGCCAACUUCAUAGUGGGAAUGACCUUCCAGUAUGUGGAGGAGAUUUGCGGCCCCUACGUGUUCAUCAUCUUCACCGUGCUGCUGCUCGUCUUCUUCGUCUUCACCUUCUUCAAAGUGCCGGAGACCAAGGGCCGGACGUUCGACGAGAUCUCGGCCGGCUUCCGCCAGUCGGCAGGCGGCGGAGCCGAGAAGCACUCGCCGGAGGAGCUCAACAGCCUGGGAGCCGAUUCUCAGCUCUGAGUGACUUUGACUUCCGACAGACUCUUCCUCAGGCCGAGGAGGUUUCGAGAAGGGUCUACGAACUAGAAGUAGACGCAUCCACUGGUAGAAUCAUUUUCACACUGUCACCACAUUUCGGGCAUUUUUACCAAAACGAACAGCCCCGUGUGAUUCUCCUACAUGACGUCCUCCGCUGUCCCUCUCGUGUCGCACGAAGAAACACAAACAAAAUGGGCACUAUGUCGCCUGGUGUGGAGAGGGGAGCGGAGGAUAGAUAGGGAAGGUUUUUUAAUAUUUUAAAGAUAUUUUAAAGAAGGAAAAGAAGUGUCAUCAAUCAAACUACCUUUUUCAAUCUUUUUGUUUUCACUUUAUAUAUAACUGAUAUGUGCUUAUGCUCUGUUCUUUGUAGCCUGUUACCAUGAAAUCUGUUUGUUACCAUCUGGUUUAAGAGCCCCGCUGCUGUAGAGAUCCAUUCACUGUUCUUAUCAUAAAUACUGUAAUGCCGUAUCACUGUAGACUGUAGAUGCUGCACAGCUCCGCGACCUCACUCCCCACCAGAUGGGGCACUGCCCUUAAAAAAAGGUCCCGAUGCGCCACUGAUGUGGAAUAACUCAUUUCUACCUUUUUUAAGGGACCGCGAUAUAUCAGUGUACUGCUGUGAGGAUUUUAAUCUCCUUAAUGAAAUUAGCGCGCCACACAUUAUACAAUGUUAUUACUUAUUUACUCUUGCUGGACAAUAUUUUACUCUUUUUUUAAAGUUGUUAGACAAAAGACUUUUCUUAGAUUUAUGUCCACGGAGACAGUAAUAUAUCAAAUGUAUCCACCGUUCCUGUAUUUUUACUCCCUCUUUAGCAGUACAAUUGAUGAAAUUGAUAUCGACAUGGAUCGGUGCAAGAGGAACAGAAUCUGCACAGAUCCGUACCACAGCCCUAAACUUGGCAGAAGAAAUAAAUCAUCCAUCCAUUUUACCAUCGCAACAGAUAAGUACGCGUUCACAAUCAGCAGCCACAAAACCAAAAAUAAAUCCGCCUUACAGAACCACAACGUUUGUGGGAUUAAGUUCCCUUCUGAAACAAUGGAGCCUUCUCUGCCUUCAGCCGUAACAGCCUUUUACAGCCUUAUCACCGAGGAGCAGUUUAAGGUCAGGUCGGCCUGAUCUUCACUUUAACUAUUUGUGAGCCGAGAUUAACCUGUAGAGCUUCCGAAGUCUGGUGAAUUGGCUCGAGAGCUGGAUCUUUCCCCUCAAACGGGAGCUGCAGUGCUGCACACUGUUCCUCUGUGACAACUACGAAGCAUCUUCAGAAAAGAAAUCUAAGAAAGAAAAAUAAAUAAAUAAUGGGGACCAAAAGUGAAUGUCUGCAUUUUGGAAGGUUUUCCUUAUCCUGGAAGUGCUUGUCACCUCGUGUUGGGUCAAACCUCCGUCGUUCCUUCAUGUGUCAAAGGAGGUGGACACAUCUUGCUUUGCUGCAAGUCUUGUUUUGUGCCUUGAAUUCUGCAGUAUUGUCAGCUCUCUCUUCGGGUAGUAGUAUUCAGGAGUUAAUGACUGCUGUAUCACUAGUUGAGCCUUUCUUUUCUUUAAAUGCAUUGUUUGAGGAAAGUUAUCUUUUUAGCAGCACUUUAUUUUUCACAGAGAUGUUUCUUCGUCGUUUUCCUUUUUUUUUUUACGUGCAGUGUGGAAUCUUGUAUUACUGAAGAGAGACUUGACUCCUUGAUGUUUUUGAAAUGGAAAUGUGUGAAGUGGUGUCAUUUGUUCAUAUUUAUUACAGUCUCAAAUUCAGUCUAAUGACGACUUUGCUCCAAAUUCAAUACACUAGUCCAAAAUCCUUAUCAUCAUUCCAUAAUUGGUUGAUAAUUAUUGUAUUUAGGCAUUUCCAUAUUUUGUCAUCUGCUGGGCCACCUCACCCUCCCUGGAAAGCACUGUAACAUCCACUUCCUGUGCCUUUGUCACAUCUUCACUAGCAAAAGAAUCGUGAAAUGGCACCAAGUGAUGUCCUUCCCAACACGGCAAAUAUCAAAUCUUAUUAUCUUAUCAUUUUAUGUACAUAUAUUCACAAUUCUGCUCGGGCAUUUGGUUUUAAAUGUAGCCUUUGAAAUCUCCUGGUUGGUGGUCUAAACAUGAUGUAAAUAUGAAACACACUAUGUACAGCCUCACCCGCUCCAAAUUUAUCACAUAUUUAACUUUAAGAAGCGUUUUUUGAUAGAUAAACGAAUGAUCAGUCCUGUAGAGCUGUACAUCUCUAUGCUUUUGGCUUCCACACUUACUACUGUUCCCUUUUGAUUUUAUACCUGAAGACAUGCUGUGGCCUAAUAAUAGCAUAAUCAUCUUAGUUUAGAUUGUGUUAAUGAGACGGAUUCAGAAGUCUUUUCAUUUUAGUGCACAGAGCCUAUUCUAAUGUUUGUAAUAAUAAAAGAUCUGUGUGUAUGCUUUUUGGAUAUUGGAAAUAUGAAUUGAGAUGGAUGAUGUCCUGAAUGGUUAUACAGUCUUGUGUAAGUGGUUUCAUGCUGAAUAAAAGAAAUCAUGCAUACAGAU